GGCACAUUCCGUAUUCAGCUUGGCGUCCCCUCACUUUGGUCGCUUCUUUUCGGCCCCCGCUUGUCAUCUUCCGAGUGAAUAAUAGCUGCACCUGUCCGGCAUUAUUAUUAUCGGAUUUUGGAUGGAUUCGUAUUAAGUCAACUCGAGGGUUACUUGUCGUUGUAACUCGUUCGGUGGCCCCGACGCUAGUCAAGGGUCGUUGAGUUACGCGUGCCAGACUCGCUGCACCAUCAUACAUAGACGAAUCGAUCAAACGGUUGUAUACAGUCUAUAAUAUUAAAACUAUUUGGGAAAAAAACAGAGACAAUGAAAGAGCGUUACAGAAAACAACAAUUUUUGAAAAAUCUUGGAUUGCGUACAAAUAAAAACAGUAACUCGAGCGGCUAUGAUGAUCAAGACGAAACAACCCCGACUAUUAAUGAAAGCGAAUGCUUUUAUUAUUUUGAUGACAAUUUACAAGUAAUAUGCCGCGGAUGUUUCAACAAUUUUUCAUCAUGGUUAGAGUAUCGAAAGCAUUUCACUCCCAAUUGCUGCUACACGACCAGAAGCGAAUACAAAAUGAAUACAUACAACGACGUGUACAAAAUUUAUAAAUUAAAGAAAGCCAAAUCCAAGAAAAGAAUUAACAACCGUUUGAGCGUUGCUCACCUCAUGGAUUAUGAAACGUUGAACACUCGUAAAACACGUAAAAGGUGUUAUGCGAAUACCAGAGUUGUUUCGAACAAGAUGGGGAAACCGGUGUUUGCGGACAGUCACACCACCGCCGAAGAAGAAUUGAUGAAGGAAAAAUUUCUUGAUAGUACGGUAGCCAACAAUAAUGGCAAUUCGUCAAAUCCUGUGAAAAGUGUGUCGGGUUAUAAAACGGAAACAAGCUCUGACAACAACAACCUCAACAAUCGCCACCUGUGCCAUCGAGCACAAGACAUUCCAAAAAGUACAAAAAAUAAUAGUGUUCCUAAUUCGUUGAAAAUCUGGUCGGCCGUACAACCUGUAAAAACGGAAUCAAACGUUUUCGUAAAGGCGCAAACCACCGGGUCCACGUCGAAAUCGGCACCAUGCAACUCGAAAAAUCGUCCCGCUCAAAGUAAUAGUUUUCAUCAGCGACACGUUUGUGUGGCUUGCGACAAAGAGUUCCUAUCAAAAACUUCGCUUGCCACGCAUCAAGUGCGACACGUCCAAGCCGAUCGCAAUUUAUUUAGUAUUUUUAUGGCUGGCUUGCCCCAUUUACAGCGGGCAGAGUCUUCUUGAACGGAGGCGGCAACGACGAUGGCAACAAUAUUAUUUCGGUAUUCUAUUAUUACAUGUAUUGAAUCUAGUCCUCCACAUUGUGAAAGUAUAAUCUUAUAACUUUUUCUUUUAUGAUUUAGAUAAUUUUUUAAAAUAACUUGAUUUUUAACUUAAAAAAAAAAUUCCAUUUAAUGAUAUUUAAACAUAAUAAUUUUAAGUAAAAAUUCCAAUGUAGAAUCAACGAUUGUUUUAAAUGUCUUUAUUGUAUAUAUAUUGUUCCUUAAUUGUUUAAAGAAAAUCACAUUAGUUUUAUUUCCAUUGAACAAAUUAUAAUUGACACAAGAGGAAAUUCUCAGCAGUCUGUAUAAUUUUUUUCUAUUUUAUCUUGUUCCUCGAUUAUUAACAGUGUGUGUUAAACGAUUGUAUAUUUUGUUUGUAUUGUACGAGUCCUACAUGUGUAUACUUAAGAUUCCGACAGAUAAUUUUUGUAAGACGUUUCUGCGGGAAAAUUAUUGUUUGACUAUCAAACUAUAAACAAUCUUAAUUUUGUUAUUUGGUAAUAACCAAUUUUUCAAUAAAAAAAA